GGAAGUGAGGGCAAAUGAUUGGGGCGAAUGGCGACAGGCAGCAAGCCGUCGGGUGCGCAGACGGCAUUCGUGUCCGCAGGUGUUAUUUGUUUCCUCGUCUUGGGCUGCCGAAGCACCUGCUGUCACACCUGCUGCCACACCUGCUGUCGCACCUGCUGCCACACCUGCUGCCACACCUGAUGCCACACCUGCUGCCACACCUGAUGCCACGCCUGCUGCCACACCUGCUGCCACACCUGCAGCGCGUGCUGCUACAGCUCCUCCUGAUUUGCCUGUCACCACUGACGACCAACAGAUUGCACCGCAUGGAGUGGCAGAGUGCCCCGAGGGCUGCCAGGCAGCGCAACUACCCCCAUCUUUCCUGCAUCCGCCUUUCCUGCAUCCGCCCUCCCUGCAUGCACCCUCCCUGCAUCCACACCCCCUGCAUCAACCCGCCCGGCACCCUCUUAACCAGCGGCAUUCUGGCCUUGGUAGUAUGAUUUGUUAUGUGGAGAGAUACAAAAGAUCAAAUUGAGUUGCUAAUAACGCCUCCGUUGCCCUCUUUUUUUGUUCCACGAGCGAGGUUACAUCUAUGUACGCAAUGUGAUGACAGAAGUGUCAUCAGUUAAUUU